CAAAGCAUCAAAAUCUCUAACGAUGAAGUUCCUGGCUAUCUGCAUUUUCCUAAUCAUCGCCCUGGUGGCCGUUCAGGCUCAUCCUGGUGGAUUCGGUGGAGGUAGAGGUGGUGGCUCAAAUGCCGUUGCCAACGCAAAUGCGGCUGCUACCGCCGACAGCAGAGGAGGCGGUCCAGCUUCCGCCUCGGCCUCGGCCACUGCAACCGCCAACGCCAACGCAGGAGGAGAAGGAGGACAUGGUGGACAUGGUGGACAUGGACGUGGAUAAGCCCGAAAUGGAUUCAUUUAUCAUCAAUCCGACUCUCGAAAAGUGGGCACGUCCGCGGACAGACCCCCUCAAAUGAAACGAUACCAAUCUAUGCCAAUAAAUGUUGAAAUGCUAAUUCUGUUUCUCGGAAA